CACGACGUGUUAUACAUUAAAAAGUGUGAAACAACUUAAAGUAAAAUAACAGUGUGAUAACGACAUCAAAACGCAAAGAAACCGUUAAGUGGUCUUACGCAUAGCAAUGAACUAAAAUAACUCACAACUGAAUGAAGACUAUUUUGGGUAUAAAUACUUGACGAUUGUUCAAGUUGGACAUCAAUCAGUUCAUAGUUUCAAUUAGAAGCAACACAUUAAAUCAAUCCUCAACAUGUUCAAAUACGCUGUUGUCAUCCUCGCUGUCAUCGCUUGUGCUGCUGCCAAGCCUGGAGUUCUUCUGAGCCAGCCAUUGGCUUAUGCUGCUCCAGCUGCAGUUGUUGCUGCUCCUGCUCCAUAUGUGACUGCCACCAGCAGCCAAGUGAUUGCCCGCAACUACAAUGGAAUCGCAGCUGCUCCAGUGAUUGCUCCAGUUGCAACUCCGUUGGCUGCUCCAGUUGCUGCUCCAGUCAUUGCCAAGUAUGCUGCCGCUCCUUUGGCUGCUCCUCUGGCUUACAGCGCCCCUCUGACUGCUCCCCUUGCCUACAGCUCUUCAUUGGCCUACACUGCUGCAGCUGCUCCAGUUCUUCUGUAA